CAGAUGAUCCCGCCCCACUGCGAGGAGUCUUUCAGCCCAGGCCCCGCCUCCGAGCCCAGAAACUCCGCCCUGCACCCAAAUCCCGGAAGCGAGAGUUGCUCCGCCUCUUCCGAGCCGGGUCGCGACCUUGAGGCUGGGAGUCGGGUUUCGGAGCGUGCCGGGCCUUCGCCCGCCCUGCAGCCCCCUUUCUCACCAUGGCCGCGGCCCGGAACCUGCGCACCGCGCUCAUAUUCGGAGGCUUCAUCUCUAUGGUCGGAGCCGCCUUCUACCCUAUCUACUUCCGGCCCCUUCUGCGGCUGGAAGAAUACCAGAAGGAGCAGGCUGUAAAUCGAGCUGGUAUCGUCCAGGAAGAUGUGCAGCCACCAGGUAAACUUAAAAAUUCCAGACGAUCCCUUCUGGGACACGUGGCAUGAGUGUUUGCUUUGCUGUGGAUUGGGGGUGGUUUUUCUCUCUGGAACCUGAUAUUGUUUAUGAUAGUUCCUGUCUUGUCAGGGCUAUCCAAGACUUCAUGCUAACAUUUCAAUACCUAGUACUUUUCACAGGAUUUCUGGGUCCCUCUUUUAUACUUGGUAAGUGGACAUAAAAUAUAAUUAAGUAUGCAGCAGAUCACCUGCUUUGCAGCCGCCCAUCCCAAGCACUCUGUAAAUACCACCCUCAUGGGCAGAUAGUGUUUAUGGGUGAGCUUUGCUCUGGGAUUCAGUUUCCUACAGAAGUUCUCAAAGCUGCCAUCAGGGUUAAGUGGGAUGUGCCUUUCUGAUUAUGAGAGGUUUUCUAACUUAUUAACCAAACUUCUGGGGUUGGGAAUUUAGCUCAGUGGUAGAGUGCUUGCCUAGAAAGUGCAAGGCCCUGGGUUUGGUCCUCAGCUCCGAAAAAGGGAAAGAAAAAACAAACAAAAACAAACAAAUAAAACCAAACUUCUGCAGUCUGGGGGUCUAGGGUAGGUCCAUUUCUUCCUGGUAGGGAAUAGUUCCUAAGCCUUUAAAAACCCUUGGGGUUGGGGAUUUGGCACAGUGGAAGAGCACUUGCCUAGUAAGCGCAAGGCCCUGGGUUCGGUCCCCAGCUCCGAAAAAAAGAAAAGAAAAAAAAAAAAAAACCCUCAUAGCUGCCGUGGCUGCCUUGUCGCAGGGUUGCAGUGGCUACUCUCACCCAUCUCAGGGUCUCAGCCCAUGGAAAUUGCAUGGCUCAGCUUCCACAUCAUCCUGUUUGUGUGGGAUCAAGGGGGUGUGCUCAGUCAUUUAACAAUGAAUUCUGAUGGGGCAUUUGUGUUUCUAUCCAUAGGGUUGAAAGUGUGGUCUGAUCCGUUUGGCAGGAAAUGAGGCUGUCAGCAAGUCUGAUGAGGAAAGUGGACAUCUUCAUCCUGUGCACUCUGCAGUGAGGACAAUAGAUGGCUCACUGUGGCAGCCUGGCUGAGAGGGAACUCUCAUGCUGCUAGCCAGAGCCCUUGUGAUAGAGACUGUGUGCAAAGACAGUGCUUCCCUUAACUCCCUGGAGAACCUGAACAGAUGACACCAUUAAGAAGUACCUUGUGGCUCCAUUGACUUUGCAGGAGCAGAGCCAGCCUGCAAGGCUGUUUGCGGAUCUGCAGCUCAUGCAGUCUUUAUCACGUCCCAGCUGAGAUGUGAACACCAGCAACCUGUGGCUCAAGGCCCUCGGCUGCUUUGACACCUUCUGAAUAAGCGAUUUUAGUGCAGAUGGCCCAGCCACACUGCCUCCAAUGGCUCUUUGAGGAUGUUUCGAUUGAUAAAGCUGUUUGAAAACAGGAUCCUUGGCACUGUUCAGGAAUGUAUACUGCUCAGCUUAACCAUCUCAUCGAAAGUCACCGUGUGUGGAAGUAAAUAGAAGCAAGUCACUCUAGACUGUACCACACACAGUUGAAUCCUGCGUGAGCCUGCAGAUAUUAAAAUGGUUUCUCUUA